AAAGUGUCACCGAAAGUGCCAACGUCGCGGCGAACGCUUUGUCGGUCGUAGAUUCGCAUGAAACUUUUUGGUACGUGGUUUCGCGUUUUCCUUGUAUUCGUGUUAAGAUAGUCAUAUAUUCAGUUCGAUUUCUCUCUCUUUCUUACUGUCUGAUAAAACGCAAGGCAUUGAUUUUCCGUAUGGUUUGUGUGUUCGCCGAUACGCGACGUUGAAAAGACGCUCUCUCGCUCGCACGUCGACGUCGACGACGACGACGACGACGACGACGUCCGAUGUCAAGCGGUCGGAACAACGGAAGAACGUUAUCUCGGAGAAUCAUAUGACUCGUUCGCACGUGACUUUAUUUACAGUUUACUUACACUCGUGAACAUGCAUGGUGCAGUUUCUUGUGACAUGAUAGGCAGUAAAUACAAAGUUAGCGUGCAAUGCGGUAAGGACGGGCGGGAGAUCUUAGUUCCUUAUAAUGUCUUUGCUCGAUAAAUUGCAUCCUUUAAGGAAAAAUUACAAGGACGGUAUAAAUUCGUCUACCGAAUCUGGUGGUGGAACAACGACGACGACGACGACGACGACGACGACAACGACGGCGACGUCGAAGAAGAAGAGCGACGAUAGGGAACCAACAUUAUGUCUUGGUACAGACCAAGUACGGAUUCUACUAUUUCAAGAAUGCGAAUGGCGAGGUAGAAGAGUACUCUUUGAUUCUCUGAGACUGGAGAAUCGUCGUCGUAAAAAUGAAAGCUCUACGAUUGGCACGAAAAAAAAAACAGCUGAGGAUGCUACAAGUUCUUUAAGUGAAAUGGUAUUUGGCACUGUUGCAAUGACAUAUAAAGGAUCGUCGUUUAAGGUCCAUUCGAUGAAAUCUCCAGCGUGCAUCAUGUGUACUAAAGUUUUUCCUGUUACGGAACACAGCACGUACAAGCAAAAUGAAAGGCUCUCAAACGGUACACUAACGCGUUGUUCUACGCACGUGGAUUCCAAUACCAGCAAUAGUAGCAUACGAACUUCUUUUUCUCGUCCAAGUUCUGGAAAUAUGUCUUCGAAUGAUUUAUUUCUGGAUCCACGAAAAAAUUCAUCCUGUUCGAGCAACAGCAGUGUUUGGGACAUGGACGCACAACCACAAAUGGGGGGAAGCUCACAAUCGUUAGAGAGUAGUGGCUCAUCCGGUGUAGGAAGUAAUUUAUCAAGCUUACGUCGAAGAUGGUUGAGGGCAGUCUCAACUUCUUUAAGUCGAUCAGAUUCCGAUGAUAUAUUUGGUAUACAACAGUAUCGCGAGAAUAGCAGCGAGGGUGGUGAGAAACAUUAUAGAAGCAGGCUUGGAUUAAUGAUGCUAGUUCGUUUGACGCAAGGACAAGAAAGGAGAAUAGAAACGAGAUUAUUAGAGCAUAUGACUCUUCUAGAAGGCAUGUUGGAUCGUUUACGAUAUUUUUGUAUCGAAUCAGCUGGCUUAAAAAAUAAAAAUAGUUAUAAAGGAAUGGAUUCGGCAGAUAGAAUGUACCGAGCUUCUUAUCGUUUUGUCAUUUCACUUUUACGACUACUAAUGAAUGCGAAUAGUUUUCGACCUCCUUUACUGUGGCACGACGUACUACUUAAUUCUGUGAUAACGUUAGAAAUGAAUUCAAACAUUUUGCAUCGUGGUUUACAGCAGAUGUGUCAGUUACUCGAUGAUGUUGACACAAAGUCGACGAAUUUUUUCUUGAGUACUGUCAUGACCGCAGUACUGAUGUAUCAUCUUGGUUGGGUUUAUACUAUACUUCCUGCUAACGAUCGACAAAUGAUGGAAAAUUUGGAUCGAUGGUAUCCUUGUAAUCCCCUGUGGGCUCAAUUAGGCGAUUUGUACGGCGCUGUGGGCAAUCCAGUAAAAGUAACACACACACUCGUAGUCGGUGAUUCACGUAAGGCCGACUUAAUCAAUUCUGUUUUAUAUUUUCUAUCUUACUUCAUCCGUAGCGGAAUUGUGCAGAAACAACGAGAAUAUCGAUGUGCAAUACAAGAAGACAUUCGGGAAGCGACCAAUCUUUUGGAGCAAAUGCAAAUUAAACGGCCAUAUUUGUUCGACUAUACAAAGCCGAGAAAUAUUUCUAACGAUCAGAAUCAUGCUGUGACGAUUAGACGCGAAUCGUUAGUGCCAAUUCGUAAGGAAAUGCAAACGGAAACACAAGUUCGUAUAAAUGAUUGUGCGACAGGAAGUGAUGUAAGUGAGGAACAUACAAGAACGGAAUGCAUUAGAGAACGAUCGAGGUCAGGCGAAAUGUCAAGGCGUACGCUUAAACGUAGUACCACUAUGAAAGUUGCCCUUGAUCGAUACAUGUUAAAAGCGGAUGAACCUAUUGUCAACUCAACAUCGAGAUCGAUGAUAUCGAUAAUUCAAGAUGAUAAGGACGACAAUGAGGAGAAGCCAAUUUCGAUGAAUGUUAAUAAAAAUAGCACACAGAGUAAAGUGAAAAUAGUGGUAAGCGAGAUAGGCUCGGAAGAGGUCGAAGAGCCGAAAGGAAACGUUCAAUGUCAGGCACAAUUUCAAAUGCAAAAUGUUGAGAAAAAAAUGGAGGAAGACGAAGCUGACAAAACGUUAGUAUCAUCUAAACGAGUUUCUUUAGAACAGGAAUGUAAAAGUAAGGUCGAUUAUGUCAACAAGUCGCACUCAACAAGUCAAUCAGAUCUUCGUACAUUGAACGAUACAAGUUUUAGCGAGGAAAAUAAACAUCAGCAAGUGUAUUUUAUGCUCGGUUGCGAAGAAAAACCGAGCAAGUAUUUGUCACGCCCACGACUUGGUUACAAUUGUCAAUGUUCGUAUAUGUUUACAACAGUGCCAAGCACAUCUGCUCAAUUACCUGAAGGUGUGUUGAGAAAAAUAAUCCAAAGAAAUUUUCCCGAAUCAUCAAAAAGUAUGCAGGCUUCGCCUGGUGCCAUGUCGAAUAUGGAAUCGAAUUUAGAAUCGAAACCUACGCGUAUUUGUCCUAGAUGUCAAAAUCAAAGUUAUGCAUCAUCACAAACUUAUAAGGGUAUGAAAGAAUUAUUAGAAACGCCGACGAACGCUACUGAGGUAUUACGAACGUGCGUUAACGCUGAUAGAACAGUUGGUAUGUCUCGGUCUAAUAGUUUAGAGGCAUUGAUGGAAGCCAACAGUGUUAUCGAAUUACCUAUGCCACGGUCGAAGCUAGUCUCUCCUAAAAAAAUCAAUCCUAAUGAAGAAACCGGAUUUACAAAAACUCUUUUACAAACUAGACUACCAAAUACCAGGACAACUACUAGCAGUAAUUGGGGUACGAAUUAUACUUGGGGUCUGGUAGUACAAGGCUUAGUAAAGAAAGAUAAAAAGAGACGAAAACGUCGAAAGGAUAAAAACGAAGAACAAACUGUCGAAUCUGAUAUAGAAGAAGAUUGGUGGUGCUGCGUACGAGAGGAAGUUGCCGCUGGAGUACGUUUUCCCACGAUCGAUCAACCUGUAGCUGAAGCUGUCUGUAUUCUAGCAGAUCUAGAUACAUGGCACGUAGGAAUUUUAUCAAAUAACACGUCAUUGGAAAGUCCACCGUUACCGGUUGGCAUGUCACGUCUCGUUGCCAAUAUGUUGGAAGCAUUUGCCUAUGUUUGGCGCAAAUAUCAUUCUCCCUUACACUGUGUGGAUAUCUUGGAAUCAAAAUUGAGGGAAAUGUGGUUAAGAAGCGAGGCACUUGCCGAGAUGUUAAUGGCAGCGGAUGUAUGUGACGUUAGUGUCACAGCUUUAACCAACGCUCUUGAUCUCGAUGCCGCUGAUAUUCCUCUUUUACUGGCAGUAGCAACCACUCAUUCACCGGAAAUCGCGCAACGAUUUGGUCUCACGCUCGUUUAACACACGUCCUUUCGUUAUAUAUCGACAUUAUAUUGUCCUUUGUACUCUUAUGACGAAAAUAGAUAAAAUCGUUGUUUCGUGCGAUGAACCUCGUCAGAUAUUUAUACUUAUUGUCAUAAAAGAUAGUCAAUGGGAUUCAUUUUUAUUUUACGAAAAUAUAUUUUUUUAGAUAUAUUUUUUUUUCUUUUCUCUUUGCUAGCAACAUAAUAUUCCAAGACACAUAGUUAUAAAUUUGGAUUAUAAGUCGUCACGCGUAUAAGUGUGAUUUUUAAACGAAAUAAAUGUAUUAUUUAAAAAGCGAAUUGUUCAUAAUGUUAAUUGUUAUUGUUUAAGAAGAUCGAACAGAGGAGAAAUGAUUUUGAUAAAUUAUUUAUCUUUCGAUAAUGGAUAUCGAACGAUGUAACAUUUUAAUAAUAGAAUAAUCGGCGUGUGUUUGUAUUCGCCGUAAAGUAAUAUUAUUAAAUGCGUGAUCAAAAAAAC